AAUUCCCAUCAAACCUGUCGCAGGAUGAUGACGCAAGACAGAAUUUUCACGAAGGUUGCUGAACACUUGCGUCAGAAACUUGCGCACUUAUUUCUGGAAAGGUGAACGACGAGCCUUGCUCCUCGGAUAAAACAUUGUGAUCAUGCUGGUGGCAAGGUUGGCGUGCCUGAGGAGUCUUCCUCUUGCUGGGCUUCGUCCUGUCCUCUCGCAGGGCUCCCCGGCGCUGAGGGCCCCCAUCUUGAAGACUUGUCCUCCCCUGCUCAGGCCCCAACAGGGCUUUGCCUCUAAGACCAGAUUUGGUUUCCGCCGCGGGAGAACAACCAGAGACCAACUCCAAGAGGCAGCUUUUGAGCCAGCGACAGAUACUGCCAUUAAAAUUGACAGCAUGGCAAAAAUGUUUCUGGCUGGAUCUGCAGCAGUUGGCCUUGGAGCUCUGUGCUACUAUGGACUUGGCAUGUCAAGUGAAAUCGGUGCCAUUGAGAAAGCAGUGAUCUGGCCCGAGUAUGUGAAGAACAGAAUCCACUCCACCUACAUGUACUUUGCAGGCAGUGUUGGACUGACUGCUUUGUCAGCUGUAGCAGUGAGCAGGACCCCAGCACUUAUGGGUCUGAUGAUGAGAGGAUCCUGGCUGGCUAUUGGAGCAACUUUCGCGGCUAUGAUUGGUGCCGGCAUGCUGGUCAGGUCCAUUUCAUAUGAGCACAGCCCAGUGCCCAAACACCUCUCUUGGAUGUUACAUGCAGGUGUGAUGGGUGCCGUCAUCGCUCCCCUCACUCUCCUGGGGGGACCUCUGAUGUUGAGGGCUGCCUGGUACACAGCAGGCAUUGUGGGAGGUCUGUCUACUGUGGCCAUGUGUGCCCCAAGUGAGAAGUUUCUCAAUCUAGGAGGGCCGUUGGCCGUGGGCUUUGGAGUCGUCUUUGCUUCCUCUAUUGGAUCAAUGUUCCUGCCGCCCACCUCAGCAUUCGGAGCAGGCCUGUACUCAGUGGCCAUCUAUGGAGGCCUGGUCCUGUUCAGCAUGUUCCUCCUCUAUGAUACACAGAAGGUCAUCAAGAGGGCAGAGACAUAUCCACUCUACGGUGUACAGAAAUAUGACCCCAUUAACGCGUGUAUGGGGAUUUACAUGGACACGCUGAACAUCUUCAUGAGGCUGGUGAUGAUCCUGGCCAACGGCGGCGGCAGCAGAAGGAAGUAAAGGGCGGUUUGGACUUUAGCUUUUGUUUCACCUUCCACGGAGCUAAACCAAAUCGUGUUUUAUUAAUAGCAGCAUAUGCCAGAUGUUAUCACUUAGUGACAAGUCUCAUCUAACUGGUAAAUAAACAUGAAUGCUUUGUAACUGUGCGAAGAGGUGGAUUGCACAGGAAAAGUUGAGAGCUCUUACCUUGAUUGUGGAAGUAUCUUGUUUAUCCCGGGGGUUACAGACAGGUUAUAGCUGUCUGUCAGCAUCAUUUCGCCUGCCCCAGAUGUCCUCACUUUUCUCUUUGUUUUAUAUUUAUUUCCACUGGCUGGUAUUUCUGUUUCUAAUAAGAAUCAAAGUUCAAGAAUAAUUGAAAUAUGCAUAGAGUGGUCCAGACUUACAGUACCAUAAAUGACAGUGUUGUAUGCACUUCUGUGCUGGAUUAAACAGGUUCACACUAGUACAUACAUUUCUGAAAAAAUGUACAGUAAUUUCAACGACAAAAUCACUCAAUAAACAAGUCAAACAGGUCA